GACAGUACUGCAACAAGCGUGGUUUUCCCUUGAACUGAUAAGCUGUGUAAAGAACUUCACUUCUGUCUGAUAUUUUUUCACUUUUUCAGUCAUUGAAUAGCAUUCGGUAAGCUGGGUGUGCUCGUUUGUUAGCUAUAAGCGCUACUGUGGUGAUAUUUUGCGAACGAUCGCGUUGUGUUAUCUAAUAUCUAAUUAUUCGCGGUGAAUUGAAAUAAUUAAGUAUUUUUGUGCGGUGUUAUUUUACUACAGAAACGUGGUUGAAGGAACCCGUUCUCAUAGCGAAAGUUUUUCGCUUUUCUUAGAAAGUGACAAGGUUGAAUCUUAAAAUGACGAAAGGAUUUGCUUUACUUUUCUACCUGUUGGUAAUGGUGAAUUCGAAUUUGGGACAAGACGGUAAAACGAACGGAGAGAAAAAACUUACGCCCCCCGUUUUAGAAUAUGGACCAGAAGAUGAAGUUUACACUUAUUACGAAGAUACAACUAUAUCCCUCCCCUGUCUUGCCAAAGGGCAAGACACGUCAAAUGAAAAUACGGUUUGGGGCUCUUGGUGGACUAAAAAUGGUGUAAAUAUUACUUCAGGCAUCAGUUUGGAAUAUUCCCCGACUGACCAUAAAUUCGGCUUAAAUAUAGCAAGCGCUAAGAAAAAGAAUGCUGGUCGCUAUCAAUGUUUUGUCUCGAAUGGAGUCGGUGUUAUGAUGUCCAAUUCUACUGACGUCAGGUUCAUUGAAAUACCUAAAAAGAUUACUGAAACACAGACAUUAUAUGCCAUCGAAGGACAGCCAUUUAAUCUGACCUGCGAACUUCCACAGGACUUAGUGGACGAUGAAAACAAUUACUGGGUUCGAAAACCUAUACAUUCAACUGUGAAUCGACCUCAAGAAACCUUCAAAGAACCUCAGAUAAUUCAAAUACCAGAUGGUAGUUUGUGGUUUUCAAGAAUUUCACAAAUCCAUGAUUCCGAGAAUAAUAGCGAGUUACUCGGAAAGUACUAUUAUUUCAUUCCUGGACGAAAGAAGGAAAUUUGUGAAACGGUGUUAAAAGUACAGAAAUCAUCCGAUAAAGACGUUCCUGAUACCGAUCCUGUAAAGCGAUUCGUGACCCAAAGAAAUCUAACUGCUGAAAAAGGUGCCAGGGUGAAGUUGUUCUGCGUGUAUGGGGGAAACCCACUUCCUGUCAUUUUAUGGGAGAAAGAUGGUGAAGAAUUGAAAUCUAAAGAUAACACUCUCGUAGAGGAAUCUGGAAGCGCUGUUAAAAUAUUCUCAUUCAGACCUGAAGACGCUGGAAAUUACACUUGUAAAGUGCACAAAAAUAACGGAACACAUUUUGAGACGAAUGAAUUUUCUGUAAAAAUUGGCAAGCCAUAUUUCAUCGAAACACCUCGAGAACAGACUACUUACGUAAAUGGAUCUGCAAAAUUUUCCUGCACCGCCGCAGACGGAGAUUUAAAUUUUGGUUUAAACUUAACAUGGAUUUUCAACGGCAUGCCCAUGUCUGAAUGGCCUUUCAACGCAGACAGCCUAAUAGACUCUGAGUACGGAAAAUCCACUCUUCGAAUUAAUAAUGUGACUGACAUUCAUGUUGGAAAUUACGGCUGUAACGCCUCAAAUACUUACGGAUAUGUGUAUAAAGAAGCAUACCUUUUUACAAAACCUGCUGAGAAAGUUACAAUCAACGAUGAAAGCAAAGCAAACCAAACUUUUCCAGCUCAACUUAACGAGCCUUUCAACUGGACGUGCCCUGUGGAGGGCGUUCCUUCUCCUAACAUUACAUUCAUGAAAGGGGAUGAAGUAAUAAUAAGUGGUGACGAUUAUACCAUUUCAGAUGAUGGAAAAACAUUAACUAUUAGAAAUUUCAGUUCCAACGACUAUGGAAAAUAUGUGUGUAAGGCUACAAAUGAGAUAACCCCUGAACCUGUUUGUGCAGAAAUUAAUGUUAUCAUCUCUAAGGACGAACCUGAUUCCAAACCUGAAUCGGAAUCUAACUGGUUACCUCUAAUUUUGGUAUUACUUGCAUUACUAUUGGCUGCAAUCGCAAUUGGAGGUUGGUGCAUAUACGACAAAAAUUAUCGUGUCGACGGAAAAUACGAGGUGAAAAAACGAGAAAAAGCCGCAGCUCAAAACGGAAUUACAGAUGAAACGAAUGAAGCCUUGAUGCCAGCACCUAAUGCUGCUACUCUGAAUCGUGUACGUAAAACAAAUGAAAGUACGAGAGACGGAAGUGGUAAUUCUCGAAAUGGAUGCGUUACAGUAGAGAUGGAACCUACCCACUAGAGCUUGAAUGAAUUUGUAGAUACUUUUGCAUCGAAUUGAAGUGAUUUUUGGAAUAAUUCAUAUCUGUUGUGUACCAUAUGGAUUAAGUAUUUUCAACUUAUUGAAAAUUUUCUUUUUUUUCUCUCAGUUGGUAUAGCCAUGACAAGAUUUUCAUUUGUUGUAAGUAGGUAAACAAAUGUUAUCACGAGCGAAAAUCGAAAAUUCUUGUUGUUUUUAAAAUUAGAGAUUAAGUACGAGGUUAGUAUGCAUUAUCAGUGUGUGCAUGAAAACUAUUCGAGAAAAAGUGAAUGCGACAAAAAUUGAAAUAAAACCGCAUUUAUUUCAAAUAUUUCAUAAGAUAAGUACAUUGACCCUCCAAGUUCAAAUUAGAAUAAGCAUUAUGGUAUCUCAUUCGUUUUGUUUUUGUACAGUUUAGGUUUAAUAAUGCAUGUAAUUAUGUGCUAAUUUAAAAUUUUUUAAGUACAUAAUAUGUAAGUAUGUACUUCAAGCAUUUCAAUUUUUGUUUUUGUAAAUGCGUGUACCUGUAGUCCCCAGAUCUACGACUGUAAGAAAGUGUAAUGCGUCGCUUCACAUGAAAAGAGCUGGUAUGCAGUUUCCUAUACCUACAUACAUAAUUAUACACGGAUUUUCCGCAUUCUUAAAAUGAAGUCGGGUUCUUUCCAUCUUCUCGUACAAAUCAUUUUGGUCUAGUCAGUGGACUGUCAUUUUCUUUCUACCUAUAAGUACUUUAUAAGUUUUUUCUUCUUUUUUAUUAUUUCUCUCUUUCUUUCUUUUCCUCCUUUUUUAAAUUUAUUAUUAUUACCUGACAAAUGUGAUCUUAUUUAAGUAAAUGUGAGAUUUUUUAUCAUUUUAUAUUGUACAAAUUUGUACUCAUCACUAUUACAUUUUUUACGUACCAACUUAAGUUAGAAAAUAAGUAUGUAUAAUGUUUUGUAAUACAAUUUGACUAGAAUUUUUC